UGUAACUCGGUUUUAUUUAAAAGACUAGUUUGUCUGCAUUUUUGCUGUUGAAAGAAGAAGAAUAUAAAAAAAAUAAUAAGCAACUUUCGUGGCGCGUCUGCUUCUCGCUUAAGCAACAACUACAACUUAAAACAAACGAAACAUUUUCAAGAUGUUUUACCACCAGCAGCACAUACAACGAAUACGACACCUGAGCAUAUUUUUGCUGUUGUUACUCUAUUUGUCACAAAUCAAAGCUUGGCGACCAUGUCCAGAACUAAGUCCAGCUUUGCGUUUACCCUGCAGAUGCAAUGUCGUUGCUUUUGGCUCAACGGGACAACUUGGUGCAGUGGCCAUGGAUUGUGAUCGUGUUGUAUUUCAUGGUGAAGCUCCACAGUUACCAUAUGGUGCACCCAUAGUAUCUUUCUCUCAGCGCUAUAGCGGCCAGCAAGUACUGCCGUCUCAGCACUUUGGCACUUUGAAACUACCCAUGGAAGAAUUGGAUUUAUCAAACAAUCUCAUUAGACGCAUACCGGAAAAAUCGUUCGUUGGCCUUAAGGAAACUCUAACGGAACUACGUUUGGCCAACAAUUUACUGGGCGACAGUUUAAAUCCUAUAUUUUCUUCGGCCGAAUUUCAUCCAUUGAAAAAUUUAAAACUAUUGGAUUUAUCAGCGAAUAAAAUUAAAUCCAUUGAGGAGGGUCUACUCAAAGGUUGUGGUGAUUUAAAGGAAUUUUAUAUGGAUCGCAAUAGUUUGGCCACAGUGCCCUCGAAUUCUUUAAAUGGUCCAACAGCUUUGAGACAUUUAUCCUUAAGGCAUAACUACAUAACUUCUUUACGCUAUGAAUCGUUUAUUGCCCAGCCUCAGUUGGAGAUCAUCGAUUUACGCUACAACGAAAUCAAAACUAUAGAGGGUUUAGCCUUUAAGGGUUUGCGUAAAAUUCGCGAAAUUAAAUUAGCCGGCAAUCGUGUUACCAAUCUAAACAGUGAUGUCUUUGAAAAUCUACCCACUUUACAAAAACUAGAUUUAUCCGAGAAUUUUAUUCAGCAAUUUCCCACUGUUUCUUUGAGGCCCAUUAACAAUUUGAAAUCUUUGAAUUUGUCCUCGAAUAUGUUACAGCGUUUGGAUUAUUCUCAUAUGGAAGUGGUGAAAUCUCUGGAAACUUUGGACUUAAGUCGUAAUGGCAUUACCACAAUACCACCGGGAACAUUCCGUGAUUUGACAAAUCUGAAAUAUUUAGAUUUGAGUUUGAACUCUUUAAGAACGAUCGAAGAUGAUGCUCUCGAGGGCUUGGAGAAUCUACAAACUUUAAUUAUACGUGACAACAAUAUACUGCUAAUACCUGGCAGUGCUUUAGGACGUUUAUCCAACUUAAAUACAUUAUAUUUGGACUACAAUCGUGUGGCUGCUUUGUCGGCCGAAAUCUUGGGCUCCAUACAAGCCUCCGACAUAACGACACUUUCGCUGGCGCGCAAUGUGAUACGCGAAUUGCCUCCUGGUAGUUUUCAAAUGUUUAGUAAUUUAAGAUCUUUAGAUCUGUCGGGCAAUUCGUUGGCUGUUAUAAAUGCUGAUAUAUUUAUGGGUUUGGAAACUUCCUUAAAUGAAUUGAAGCUGGGACAAAAUCGUAUUACUGGCCUGGGCAACAUACCCAUGGCCUUGACGGAGUUAAGAAGUUUGGAUUUAAGUUACAAUAACUUGGCCGAAUUGCCCACAAAUAUCUUGCAGGGUUUAGAGAAUUUGCAGUACUUGAAUUUAAGUGGUAAUCAUCAUUUGGCUCCCAUACCCGCUGCGCUAAUACGGCCUUUGUCACGCUUGCAAAUUGUGGAUUUCAGUUUUUGUUCGUUAAAACAGUUGUCGGGUGAUCUAUUUGCUACUUUGCAGGAUUUGAAAAUGAUUUAUUUGAACGAUAACAGUAUCCAGGAGAUAAACGAUGGCAGUUUUGUGGACUUGUGGAAUAUAAGCAGCAUUGAUUUGUCCAAUAAUCAAAUUACCUCCAUAAGACCGGGAGCCUUUGUUAAUGUUAUGCACUUGCAGCGCUUGAAUUUGAGAGGAAACCAAUUGUCUGCCUUUAAAGGAGAAUUCUUUAAUACCGGCACCGGCAUAGAGGAAUUGGAUAUAUCGAAUAAUCAUUUAAGCUAUCUCUUCCCCUCCUCCUUCCGCAUACAUCCUCGCCUGAGAGUGAUUAAGGCAGCAAAUAACAAAUUCAGUUUCUUCCCCGCCGAACUUAUAUCCACUUUGCAAUAUUUGGAAUAUAUAGAUUUGUCACAGAAUCAAUUGAAAUCCAUAGAAGAACUUGAUUUUGCCCGUUUACCCAGACUAAGGGUAUUAAAAGUGGCCGACAAUCAAUUGGACAUGUUAAGUGAAAUGGCUUUCCACAAUUCUACACAAUUGCAGAUAUUGGAUCUGUCCAACAAUGACUUAGAUCGUAUAGGAGAGAGAACUUUUGAGGGUUUGGUAAGACUGGAAUAUUUGAAUUUGGAAAACAACAGUUUGAAUGAACUUUCCGAUUCGGUAUUUGAGAGAUCGAAAUUGCAAAUGUUGGAGAAUAUUAAUUUGGCUUACAAUAGUUUUCAAUAUGCCCCUCUCAAGGCUCUGCAGAGACAAUAUUUCUUUGUUUCUUCUGUGGAUUUGAGUCACAACAAGAUCAGAGCCAUACCCAAUGAUGACAGUAUUAUGGUGAAUAUUAAGAAUUUAGAUUUAUCCUUUAAUCCUUUGUCCAAAGAGGCCGUAAGAAACAUACUAAAUGAACCCAAAACUGUAAGAGAAUUGAAUUUAGCUGGUUGUGGCAUUGAAAGUUUGGAAGCCUUAGAGACUCCCUUCCUGCAGUAUUUAAAUUUGUCACAAAACAAAUUACAAACCAUACAACCCGACAUCUUCCAACGUACCACUUUAUUGGAAACUUUGGACUUGGGCAACAAUCAAUUGGAUAAUUUGUCUGAAUUGUCAUCAGCCUGGCCUAAAUUACAGAAUCUACAAUAUUUAGAUUUGUCCAACAACAGCUUUGAGAUGAUACAACAGGGAGACUUUGAGAGUUUGGAUAUGCUGCGCACUUUAAAAAUAAAAGCUCUGGCCAAAUGCAAUCGCAUUGAGAAAAAUGCUUUCAAACAUACAGGCAAUUUGGCCUCUCUAGAAGCUUAUGAUUUACCUUUGUUGGGUUAUUUGGAUUUACAGGGUAUUUUGGAGCUAUUGCCUGGUUUGGAAACUCUAGAUAUUGAAGUUAAAGACUCUUCCAUAGGCACCGAACAGAUACAGCCAGCCAAACAUCCGAGACUAAAGACCAUAGGCAUUAGAGGAGAACGUUUAAAAUCCAUAUCCUCGGGCACUUUGGCUGGCCUUAAAUCCAGUGAUUUGACCAUUAAGCUGCAAAAUACAUCUUUAUCAGCCUUACCACCGGCCUUAUUGUUUCCAGUGCCCAGAUCAUCACAUUUAACCUUGGAUAUUGAAGGCUCUAAAGUAACGGUGUUGGUACCACAAUUCCUUAAUGCUUUAGAAGAUCGCAGAUCUAGUUUGCAGCUCAAAGGCCUGUCUUCCAAUCCUAUACACUGUGAUUGCAAUGCACGAGCCUUAAGAAGAUGGCUACCCAAUUCACAUAUGACUGAAUUGACCUGUUAUUCCCCGGCCUAUCUGGCGGGCAAAAAACUUAUAGAAGUGGGAGACGAUGAAUUAACCUGUGAUCCCCGCAAAAUGACUUCCACUACGGCUAGAACAUCUUCAACAAAUGUUUUGAAAUCAUCUUCUAGACUAGUAACACGCGCACCUACCACCACACCCGAAGAACCACCCAUGAUAAUAUGGAGUAUGGAACCCACACAACCACCACCCAUGAAAAUUAAAACUAAAGCUCCCCUCAUGAAGGCGCCCAUCAUGACCAAUGAUGACACGCUCAUUAUCGGCAUAGUAGGAGGAGUAGUAGCUUUUAUAGCCAUACUCAUUAUAAUCAUUUGUAUAGUACGUUUGCGCAUGAGCAAUGCCGAAUAUCACAAUGCUCCCGCUAUGAUAGGGAUACCACCCAUGCCCAUGGGACCUGGUAGUGUGCCCCUGAGCUACAAAGGACAGCCCACGGCUGCUUUAUAUGCCGUACCACCUUAUGCACAAAAUUAUGCCACAUUGCCACACAAACCGCCCUCCAUACACCAGUCGACGCAGAAUCUCUCCGCACGUCAGACACAACAGCAGCAGCAGCAGCAACAACAGCAAGCCACCUAUUCCUCAAGAAUGUCAUAUUUUGGCGGCUCCACGCCUCAGCAGCAACAGCAGGUGGCCUCAAAUCUAUCCCAAAAUCAACCCUACAUUAUAUAUUCAGAUGAUAAAGCUUAUAGAUAAGUUUAAGUACAGCAGCUUUAAGCUUGUUAUAACAUAAAGUUUAUAUAUUUUAUUUAGAACACAUGGGCGCUCAGUUAACAAUUAAAGCGAAAGUGGUUGCUUGCCACAAAAAUUAAAAAAAAAAAAAAAAACAGAAAAACCCCCCGUCAAUCAGUCAGUCAAGUAGGCGUAACAUUUACGCUUUUUGACGUUUCUCCCCACAAUUCGUAUAAUUACAAAAAACAAAAUAAGAAAAUAGUUUUUCAAAACAUCAUUAAACUUUGUUUAAGUUUUACACGAUUGAUUUAUAUUAAUCGAAUAGAUAAAGUCGUUUGUAUAUAAUUUUAAGUUUUAGUAAAUUAUAAAUCCAAUAGUACUUUUAAUUCUAAACUUUGAUUACGAUUUCAUAAGUAUUUCAAAACAAUUAGCCUGUGUCUUUUAGUACAUAAUUUAGUCAACACUUAAGUGCGAGUAGAAAAUAUGCACUUUAGCAAAGUUUGUAUUGAAAAUUUGUAUUGGCUUUUAGUACUGGAUUAUUAAUGACUAAUAUUUAUAUAUAUUUUUAAUUUUUAAAAUCUAAAUACAAUUUGUUUUAGUUAUUUUUAGAUUUUAGUUUAAGUUUUUCGAAAUAUUAUAACUCUCACACAUUGAAGAAAUGUAUUGUAUAAAUUAAUUUAAUCUUUAUGGAUUUAUGUGCAAAUAAUUAAGUACAAUAAAACGCAAAUUAUUUUUAAUAAAAAAAUAAAUAAAAGACCUAAAAAUUAAAAAA